AUGUCCCGUCGAUUCGCUGCUGAGACGGCCAAGGUCCCGGGCAAGCACGUGGCCCUCAAACCCAGCGAGGCCCUGGAGCUGGUGAAGGCCACCGCCUCCACCAAGUUCAGGGAGACGGUGGAGCUGCACGCGCGGCUGAACAUCGACCCCAAGUACACCAACCAGCAGCUGCGUGCCACGGUCUCCCUCCCCAAGGGCACAGGCAAGGAGCUGCGGGUGGCCGUCAUCUGCCAGGGCGACAACGAGAAGGUGGCUCGGGAGGCGGGGGCCGACCACGUCGGCUCCGCCGACCUGAUCGCCGAGAUCGCGGGGGGCAUGAUGGACUUUGACAAGCUGGUGGCGACCCCCGACAUGAUGCCGCGCCUGGCCAAGCUGGGGCGCCAGCUGGGCCCGCGGGGCCUCAUGCCCAAUCCCAAGGCGGGCACGGUGGUCACCGACGUGGCGACGGCGGUCCGCGAGUUCAAGGGCGGCAAGGUGGAGUACCGCGCGGACAAGGCCGGCAACGUGCACGUCGGCAUCGGCAAGGCCGACUUCGACCCGGCGGCGCUGCUGGAGAACCUCAAGGCGGUGCAGGAGUCCAUCGACGCCAACCGCCCGCCAGGGGCCAAGGGCAUCUACUGGAAGACGCUCACUCUCUGCUCCAGCAUGGGGCCCGCCGUGCGCGUCAACCACGCCGCGCUGCGGGAGAUCAAGCUGCAGUGA